GCUCCGCUUUCCCCCCCCAUCCAGCCCCUCGGCUUCCCGCCGUUCGGGGAGGCGCAAGCCGGCGGAGUAUGACGGGAAGGUGGCCUGGGAGGCCUAUGUUGCCCAGUUUGAGAUGCUAGCCGCUGCCCAGGGCUGGGACGAAGCUGAGAAGGCGCUGCAGUUGGCAACAGCGCUUCGGGGCCCAGCUGUGGAAGUGUUGGGGCACCUGCCGCCGGCCCAACGUGCCUCUUACGGGAGCAUGGCGGAGGCCCUGCGGCGACGUUUCGGGCACCACCUUCAGGCCGAGGUGUACCGAGCUCGCCUGAAGAAGCGGACUCGGGAGCGCGGCGAGACACCGUCGCAGCUGGCGCAGGACGUGGAAGCGCUGGUCAGAAGGUCGUAUCCUGCUGCCCCGGAAGAGAUGAUCGUGGUGCUGGCCCGCGAUUUCUUUGUUGACGCUCUGCACGACCAGCAGCUGCAGAUUUACGUUAAGCAGGCGCACCCUGGGGACCUGCAGGUGGCGCUGGCGAGGGCCUUGGAAUUCGAGGCCUUCCUGAAGACGACCAGCGGCCUAGGGGCGGCCGCCCAGCCCCGCCGUGACCUCCGGGGCCGGAAGGCGAAGGUGGAGAAGAAGGCGGCGUCGAGGAAGGCGAGCCCGGACGGUUUUCUCGGCUCGUGUUGGGGCUGUGGCAAGAAGGGGCACAUGCGCAGUCGUUGUCCGAGGGAGCGAAGGACGCGUUCCCUUGACCGACUGAGUUCUGACGCCUUUCAGCCUUGCUGCAAGGACUGUGGCAAGUCUGGCCACCGUUCGGGCGCCUGCCCCAAGCCAAAGGAGGUAGUGCAGGCGGGAAACCCGGACAGGCUGGAGAAGGGGGCCGAAUCCCAGCCGUCAGUCCCCGGGCCCCGACUUGCGUAAGCUGCCGCCGGAUAACCAGUGCGAUGCAGGUGGAGGGCUCAGUGGACGGGAAGCCAUGCCGCCUGACAGUGGACACCGGGGCUGAGAAGACCUUGGUGCGGCCUGAUAUGCUGGCCGCCACGCGACUCCCAGACGCGCCACAGAGGCUGUGCGGCGUCACGGGGCACUGUGUGCA